AUGCCGUAUCGACGGCAAGUAUCUCGUUUGAUGCUUGCGGCAUCUGUGGACGAUGAGAUGACAGAAUCAGAACUUUCACAGACGAAACAAAACGUCAAGAUGAUAGUGAGGCGAUUAAACCGCAACUCGGAGUCUCGAGCGAGCAUUGAAGCCGACAGAUUUACCAUACACUACCUCGUACAGGACCAAAUCUGCUUCAUCACGAUCUGCGAUAGAUCCUACCCUCGCAAGCUAGCCUUUACGUACCUACAGGAUCUAGCUACUGAAUUCACAACGACGUACUCGUCUCAACAAUAUCUCUCGCCAUCAUGCCGGCCGUACGCUUUCGUCGAAUUCGACACUUUCAUACAAAAGACGAAGAAAACAUACCAGGACAGCCGCGCUUCAGCAAAUCUCGAUAAAUUGAAUGACGAGCUUAAAGACGUUACGAAGGUCAUGACAAAGAAUAUCGAGGAUCUAUUGUAUCGUGGAGAUAGCCUGGAGAAAAUGGGAGACAUGUCCCAAAGAUUACGCGAAGAUAGUAAGAAGUACAAGCGCGCUGCGGUCAGAAUCAAUUGGGAGCUCUUACUAAAGCAGUACGGACCAUUUGGAGCUCUUGGAAUACUUAUGAUAGUCUUAGUAUGGUGGCGGUUUUUCUAG